AUGAACCCUCGCAGCACCAACUCUGCCACUGCCCUCCGAAGGCUAAUGACUGAGUAUCGUCAACUCACUGCAGGCGGUUCCCCCGAUGGCAUGUUUACCGCCGGCCCAAUAUCCGAGUCUGAUUUCUUCCUGUGGGAGGCUCUUAUCUGCGGACCGAAGGACACUCCCUUUGAAGGAGGAGUCUUUGCCGCAAAAUUGACAUUCCCAUCUGACUACCCGCUUUCCCCAUUCAAGAUGAAGUUUGAACCCCCGCUGUUCCACCCAAAUACAGACGCACCAUCUUUCUUGCCCGCUCUUGCUCGUGAAAUUUCCUCUAACACCCGCGUUUUAGUCUAUCCCGAUGGAACUGUCUGCAUUUCUAUUCUUCAUACGCCUGGUGAUGAUCCUACGAUGUACGAACAAGCGUCAGAGCGCUGGAGCCCAGUGCAGAGCGUUGAGAAGGUUAUCCUCAGCGUUAUUUCUAUGCUCGCCGAGCCCAAUCUAGAGUCGCCCGCCAGUGUCGACUGUAGCAAGCUUUAUCGAGACAACCGGCCAGAGUACGAACGUCUGGUCCGCUUGUCAAUUGAGCAACAGCUUGGCCUCUAA